AUGCCUAAAGAUCUGGAGAUGAUGCUGAGGACCACCUACUUUGGACGUUUGAUGAUGCUGAACCCAGCGCUGGUCGAGGCCCCGCUCUCUCUGCAGUUCGCCGUCAACUCGAAUCCAAAAACCACCAUCAAGACGACCGGAGCGACGGUCGUCAUGACAGCGAUCGUCAAGGUGAUGGUGCUGCCUCCAGGUCAGCCUCCGAUUCAGCUCAGCAGCAUGACCAUGGAAGCAAAGUUUAACGCUAAAGUUUCCAUGAAGGGGAAACGUCUGGCUGUCCACGCUGACCUUCGCAGGUUUAAAAUCUACUCCAAUCAGUCGGCGCUGGAAUCUCUGGCAUUGAUUCCUCUGCAGGCUCCUCUGAAGGCGAUCAUGCAGAUGUCUGUGGUUCCGUUAAUCAACAACUACACAAAGAGAGGAGUUCGGAUCCCUCUGGCUGAUGGGAUGGAUUUCAUCGAGGAGGUGGUCGAGUAUCACAAUGGUUUCAUUGUGAUCGGAGCGAAUCUUCACUUCGCCAAAGGACUGAGAGACAUGAUCACAGGGGAGUCUAACAGUGUCUAAAUAUAUAUUUAUAUGUAUUUUAUUAACAGUACACAUAUACCAUGAAAUUAUACACAAUGCUGCGUAAUUAUAUCUGCUGUAUGACUCCAUGUUGUAAAUAAAGAGAGUGACGAAACAGGAAUCCUUAAACACUCAAAAUAAA